AUGCCCAUAUUCCGGGAGAACCUCGACGAAGAUGACGUUCCAGCGCCCCAGUCCGAGCCCGCAGUCGCCCAGCCAGUCCCGCUUCGUGUUGCCAUGCGUCACCAGGCUCACCCUGUGUCCCUGAGCCGCCAGAUCUCGGAGGAGAGCAUCCGAACAGAACUCUGCGAAGGGCCGGUACCAGACAGUUCAGAACCGUCACCUCCCAGGCCCGGUCUGUCCGUUAACACUACCUCGGACCGACUUGAGUUGAUUGAGCGCCUAAAGAGGGGCGAGAGCCCUACAUGGAGCCCUAAACGCCAUCUCGAGUCUCUGUUCCGCCGCAGUAGUUCUCGAGAACAGCCAACCAGCCCGCGACCGAAUUCGAGCCAAUCUCCGCCGGUACUACCCUCCACGAAAGACAGGUUAGGUGCGCAGACUCAAGAGGCGGAAAAUCCAGAACGCAUGCAGCAAGGUCUUGCAAUCGAGCGGCCCAGGUCGGCUCUUCACAGCGGGGACUUCACCCAUCACGCAUCUUCAUCUCGUCAUGAAGAAGUGAGCGAUGGGGGCAAUAGGGUGGUUCCCAAUACGGAGGGUUUCUACCCGGAACGUCAUUCUUGUUAUGCCACAUCACCUCCGCGAGACUUCACGCCGUUCAAGUUUGAAAGGAGAAUACCUUUUGCCGACUCGCCAGACGGCUUCCGGGCUUCUCCACCCUCCUUAUCUUCGUCGAUAUCUUCCAGUUUUGUGUACAAGCAUCCUACGAGCCCUCUCGUCCAAUCUGAGAGCAAUGAUGAUCUGAACUUGUCUAUGCCCAUAAGUCACAUUGACCUGGAUCCGCCCACACCAAGCAGAAUUUCUCGACGGCAGACAUUAAGCGGUCUUUAUUCACACCAAAAUGUGCCCAUCACCGCUCAGAGAAUACCCGGCACACGCCGCGAGUCAAUACAAUCCUACCAAGCGCAUCAGCCGAGGAGAUCCCUCACCUCCACUCCGAGCUUUUCCCUGUCGGGAACAUCGCCACAAAGCUCGGCGUUCUCAAGGCGCCCCUCAUUAGGUCUUGAAUCAUCUUCACCUCUCCAUCAAACGUCGAUGGUCGGUUCGUAUGAGGAGAGCAUCCUCCGGGGCCGCAUGUCCACCACACCUUCGAAACCCUUGGAUUUCAUGGCCCAGAUUGGCGUUCUGGGUCUGGGAAAUUGCAAAAGUAGUCUACGGUGUCCGGCUCAUGUCACAUUACCUUUCCCCGCCGUCUUCUACAGUUACGUUAAUACGCCUCACGGGCGAUCCAAAAGCGAUGACGGGCCGAGCCCCUACGUUGGACAGAUCGACCUGGAGAAUGGGCUCUCAAAUCCGGACGAGACGUCAAGACAGAGGCGCAAGUCGCACCAAAGAAGCAUCUCGGCAGCCAAACAACCACGGCUGGAUGGAGACGAGGACAUCACAAUGACUGAUCUCAAUUCUGGUGGCGAGGUACCCGAUUUCGACGCACGGAAAGCGGUCAAGCAAAAGCGGAGAUCAGGUUCUCCCAAAGCGCCCCCAGGAGGAAGCUAUCGUAUCCCAGAGAAGGGUCAAGUCCAGAUCAUCAUAAAAAAUCAGAACAAGACGGCUGUGAAACUCUUUCUCGUUCCUUACGACCUAGCGGGCAUGGAGCCGGGGACGAAGACAUUCAUUCGCCAGCGGUGCUACUCUGCUGGGGGCCCUAUUGUUGAGAACUUACCAUCAACCAGCGAUAGGCCGACCCUGCGAUACCUCGUCCAUCUGCAUAUCUGCUGCCCAGCAAAAGGCCGUUACUACCUCUACAAGAGCAUCAGAGUGGUCUUUGCCAAUCGUGUGCCCGACGGCAAGGAAAAACUUCGGAACGAGGUCACCCUCCCUGAGCCAAAGUAUACGCCAUACAAGCCCGUCAGGGUCAUGCACCACCCGGUCACGCAGACAACAGGGCCAGGUGCGAGCCUGGCAGCCGAGAAGGCAUUCAGGAGAAGGAGCUCCGGCUUCUCAUUUGGCCAGCAAUUCCCACCAUUCGAUCCCGGCGAGCCGAUGCCGAGCCUGUCCCUGCUUCGAGCAAAAGCCUCAAGCUUUCAAGAUAGAGGGUCUUCUCUUGGACGGCCUAUCGGCUCUGGCCUGUCCGGCGCUCAAGUUCUCGCCCCAACAUCGGUGCCUGUAGAAAUGAUGCCCAACAUGGCUCCUUUGAGUUUUGUCAAGGGGGACAUUGGUGGGUAUGUGGGGAAUGGCACCCACUACACUGGCGCUGGCAGUGGUGCUGCCAUCGCUGAGGGGUUGCUCUCGCAGCGGCUGAGGUCAUUGGGGAUGCAGAACGCCUGCAGACAGGAGACAGAUGAUGCCAAUGGCCAUGAGCAAAUCUGA